AGUCCUUCUUGGCACCGCCCAUCCCGCCCCGGCCUUGGCUUGUUUUUUUUAUAUUCAUUUUUUUUCGAGGCUGUUUUUUGGGGGCCGGACAUGUGACGGAUCCCUACCCGGGGAUUGUGAAACGAGAAACCCAUUUGAUACAGCAUGAACAGCACAUAAAAAACAUCAUGAGGAGAAUGUCAAACAUAAUUUUGGUAAAACUCCUUUUCUAAACGGGAAGAGGAUGAUUUGGCAUGUCCAUGGUGGAAUAGAAGCAGUUAAAAGGGCACCGCGUAGCUAAAUGGAGUCCGAGCAGCUCUUUAACAGGGGCCACUGCAGGAACAGCUACAACAGCAUCGGCAGCGCCAGCAGCGACGAGGAGCUGCUGGAUGGAGCCGGGGUCAUCAUGGACUUCCACACCACCGAGGACGACAACCUCCUGGACGGGGACGCCGCCUCCCCAGGAUCUAACUACGCCAUGUCUAAUGGGGGCGGGGCCGCCACCACCUCCACCCACCUGCUGGACUUCCUGGAGGAGCCUAUCCCUGGGGUGGGGACCUACGACGACUUCCACACCAUCGACUGGGUCCGCGAGAAGUGCAAGGACCGCGAGAGGCAUCGCAAGAUUAAUAGUAAGAAGAAGGAGUCGGCGUGGGAGUUCACCAAGAGCCUGUACGAUGCCUGGUCUGGGUGGCUGGUCGUCACACUUACAGGCCUGGCCUCAGGCGCCUUGGCUGGUCUGAUUGACAUUGCGUCCGAUUGGAUGAAUGACCUGAAAGAGGGCGUGUGUCUGAGUGCUAUGUGGUUCAACCACGAGCAGUGCUGCUGGGGGUCCAACGAGACCACCUUCGCUGAGAGGGACAAGUGCCCCCAGUGGAAGACCUGGGCGGAGCUCAUACUGGGACAGGCAGAGGGCCCAGGGUCCUACAUUAUGAACUACUUCAUGUACACCUACUGGGCUCUGUCCUUUGCCUUCCUGGCGGUAUUGCUGGUCAAGGUGUUCGCCCCCUACGCCUGUGGCUCUGGGAUACCUGAGAUCAAGACCAUCCUGAGUGGCUUCAUCAUCCGGGGCUACCUGGGGAAGUGGACCCUGUUGAUCAAGACGGUGACCCUGGUGCUGGCCGUGGCCUCUGGGCUGAGCCUGGGGAAGGAGGGGCCUCUGGUCCAUGUGGCCUGCUGCUGCGGGAACAUCUUCUCAUACCUCUUCCCCAAGUACAGCAAGAACGAGGCCAAGAAACGAGAGGUGCUGUCAGCUGCGUCGGCAGCAGGGGUGUCUGUGGCUUUUGGAGCUCCCAUAGGAGGGGUGCUCUUCAGCCUGGAGGAGGUGAGCUACUACUUCCCCCUGAAGACUCUGUGGCGCUCCUUCUUCGCCGCCCUGGUAGCCGCCUUCGUGCUGCGCUCCAUCAACCCCUUCGGCAAUAGCCGAUUGGUCCUGUUCUACGUGGAGUACCACACCCCCUGGUACCUGUUUGAGCUCCUCCCCUUCAUCCUGCUGGGCGUGUUCGGGGGCCUGUGGGGCGCCUUCUUCAUCCGCGCCAACAUCGCCUGGUGCCGCCGGCGCAAGUCCACGCGCUUCGGAAAGUACCCGGUGCUGGAGGUGAUCCUGGUGGCGGCGGUGACGGCCAUCGUGGCCUUCCCCAACCCGUACACGCGGCAGAACACCAGCGAGCUGAUCAAGGAGCUGUUCACUGACUGCGGCCCGCUAGAGUCGUCCCAGCUGUGCCAGUACCGCAGCCAGAUGAACGGCUCCAAGGCCUUCGUCGAGGUGCCCAACCGGCCGGCCGGCGGGCCCGGCGUGUACGCCGCCAUGUGGCAGCUGUGCCUGGCGCUCAUCUUCAAGAUCAUCAUGACCAUCUUCACCUUCGGGCUGAAGGUCCCGUCAGGCCUGUUCAUCCCCAGCAUGGCCAUCGGGGCGAUCGCCGGGCGCAUCGUGGGCAUCGCCAUGGAGCAGCUGGCCUACUACCACCACGACUGGUUCAUGUUUAAGGAGUGGUGCGAGGUGGGGGCUGACUGCAUCACCCCGGGGCUGUAUGCCAUGGUGGGGGCCGCCGCCUGCCUGGGCGGCGUGACGAGGAUGACCGUGUCCCUGGUGGUCAUCGUGUUCGAGCUGACCGGGGGGCUGGAGUACAUCGUGCCCCUCAUGGCGGCGGUGAUGACCAGCAAGUGGGUGGGCGACGCCUUCGGGCGCGAGGGCAUCUACGAGGCGCACAUCCGCCUCAACGGCUACCCCUUCCUGGACGCCAAGGAGGAGUUCACACACACCACCCUCGCACGAGAUGUGAUGCGUCCUCGCCGUAGCGACCCCCCCCUGGCGGUGCUGACCCAGGAUGACCUCACGGUGGAGGACCUGCAGGCCGUCAUCAACGACACCAGCUACAACGGCUUCCCCGUCAUCGUCUCCAAGGAGUCCCAGAGGCUGGUGGGCUUUGCCCUGCGCAGGGACAUCACCAUCGCCAUAGAGAACGCGCGGCGUAAGCAGGAGGGCAUCCUGCUGAGCUCACGGGUCUACUUCACGCAGCACGCCCCGGCCAUGCCCGCCGACAGCCCCCGCCCCCUCAAGCUGCGCAGCAUCCUGGACAUGAGCCCCUUCACCGUCACCGACCACACGCCCAUGGAGAUCGUGGUGGACAUCUUCCGGAAGCUGGGGCUCCGACAGUGUCUGGUCACUCACAACGGGAUUGUUUUGGGCAUCAUCACUAAGAAGAAUAUCUUAGAGCACCUGGAAGAGCUCAAGCACCACGUGGAGCCCCUGGAGGCUCCUUGGUAUUAUCACAAAAAAAGAUAUCCUCCGUCACAUGGCCCAGAUGGCCGACCAAGACCCCGCGUCCAUCAUGUUCAACUAGUCCCCUCCUUCCAGGACUGCCCGGGGGACGAGAGCGAGGAGGAGGUGGUGCGCCUGCUGGACGGCCCCGACCUCUGACCCCAACCCUCCGCUACCCCUCCCCCUCCCCCCGUCACCAUCCACCCCCUCCAGCCCCCCUCCCCCCCCCCCGAAACACUAACUCCCUAACACUAAAGCUGACUGAGCACCGAGAGACCUGCCCGUCGCCCCCUAGUGGAGCAGGAGGAGAAUGGAGGGGGUUCUUCUGUGUCACUGGUUGCUUGAGGAGACUUGUUGUUGACUUGACGUGUUGUGGCCGGGUUAGGCGGGGGGGUAGACGCAGCUUAUGAGGAAUGCACUUUUAGUACACCGUACACACACAUACACACACACAUAUACAUACACACACACACACAAACACAUCUAACGUCUGGCGGCAACGCACGCACACCACAUAUAAGCAGCAUGUCGUUUUGUGUUUCCUUCACACACACUGCCCAAACCUCCUAUAUCUAAACACACACAGACACUCUCUUUGUGGUCCCCUGCUAUCGCCCUGUUCCCAUUGGCUCGCCGUGGGACGUGGGUUUUUUUCUGAGGGGUCAAAGGUCAGAAUGAUCCGCUGGGAUGCGAGGAGGGACCUACAAACGACCUCUAAUUUCUGACUGGUCGGUCAGAUGUCAGGUGAUGCCCGCAGCGCCCAAUCCCUGGCUCUCACUUCACCCAGCCCUCUUUAAAAAGAACAUUGUUUACCUGUGAAGUGUGUUUGUGUGUGCGUGAAGCACGAGAGUGUGUGCGUAUCACAAGCACCUCUACAUUCCAAUCAGGUUGUCAGGGUAACCUGUGAAAAUUUUGCAUACUCACCCAACCAAUGGCAACCCCUGUCUUAUAGUAGACUACUGCUUUCUUUAUCUUAGAUCGUGAUCAAAGGGAGAUUGCUUUAAAUGUGUGUGUGUGUGUUGCCAUGUGAGGCAGGGAAUUAGAAAGUACUGUAAUUUAAGAAAAAAUAAAAAAAGUUUCUGAUUCAUUUGCAAACAGAUGUACUAACAACCAGACAGGCCACCUGUUGAAGGGUGUGUGUGUGAAUGCGAGAGUGUGUGUGUGUGUGUGUGUGUGUGAAUGCGAGAGUGUGUGUGUGUGUGUUUAUUUGUUCUGAGCCAUGUCAGUGGUAUGCUGCUGAGGUGUGUGUGUGUGUUAGAUGGUUAGCUACCAUCUAUUCAACCUUGAAGGCGGAGUGUAUACAUGUUAAGAAUAAAGGGAAAAAAAAACCUCAA